AUCUCCUCCCUACACAACAAUGAAGUCUGCUCUUUUCGUUUCAAUCAUCGGCUCCGUCAUGUCUCUUGCUGCCGCACAAAGCGGUGCUCCAACCGGUAGCGUCCCUGCAUCCGUUCCUUCUGGAUCCGCUGGAGCUGGCAGUGCUGCUCCAUCUGGAGGAGCUUCAUCUCAGCCCGUCACCAUCACAGCUCCACUUACCGGUACAACCUGGCACGCUGGUCAACAAGAGACCAUCUCUUGGACCAACGCUGCUUCCGACGUCCUUAGUCAAAUUCAAUUGAUGCAAGGACAAGCCAACGCCUUGCAGCCUGUUCAAUUAUUAGACCAAAACGUUAACACAAAGUCCGGCCAUGUCAAUGUCACUGUUCCCGCCAACGUGACCAGCGGUGCCGACUAUGCUUUGGCUCUUGGUACUCCACCUCAAGUCGCAUACAUUGGUCCAUUCUCCAUUCAAGGUGGUAAGGGAUCUGCUUCUGGCUCUCCCUCUGGAGCCGCUCCAUCUGGUGCCGCUGCUUCUGGCGCCGCUCCUUCUGGAGGUGCAAUUCCCUCUGGUGCCGCUCCAUCAGGAGGUGCUCCUUCCGGAAACUCUGGUACACCCGCUGCUCCAGUUAAGCGACAAGCUAGCGGCUCUGAUGGCUCUGGUGCUGAUGGCUCUAGCGCUGAUGGCUCCGAUGGCACUGCUGCCGAACCAAGUGCUUCUGUACCCGGUGGUGCUGAUGCUUCUGGAACUGCCACUGGCACUGGUGCUGCUGCCACUGGUACGGAUGCUGCUGGAACUGCUGCUUCCGGCGCUGCUACUGGCGCUGCCACGGGUGCUGCCGGUUCUGGUGCCGCUGAUUCUGGUGCUGCCUCAGCUAGUAUGCCUUCUGCUGCUUCCAGUGCUGCCACCUCUAGUGGAGCAGCCUCCGCCAGCAUGCCCGUCAUGUCUAGCAUGGCUAGCGGAGCCAGCAGCAUGAUGGCCAGUGCUUCUUCUGCUGUGCCUUCUGCAUCUUCAUCCUCCUCCUCUAGCUCCACUUCUGGUGCUGGUCAACUUACUGUUGGAGCCCUCGCCAUCGCCGCUCCUGUGGCUGCUGUCAUGUAUGCCAUGUAAACGCCUUCAUCUCCUUUACCUCAUAGAAACCUAUGGUUGUACAUUCAUCUGAUUGAAAAAGUCGAUCUGUUUUAGAAGAAAAACCUUUCA